AUGGAAAUUAAACAACAAUUGUUGGUUGCUCAAAAGCAAAAUGUUGUCGGAUCCAAAGUGGUGGAAAAACAAGGAGUGGCUUCCUAUCAAAAGUUUACUGAUAAACACUAUGAAACAAUUCUUUCAAUUGUUGGAGGAGAUGAGAGCAGAGUAUUUAGUACCAAGUUUGGAAAGAAUAUGGCUGAUGCUAAUCAAACACAAACUAUUGCUAAACAUACCAUUGAUGCUUCUCAUUUCCAUCGUGGAGAGGUUGACGUUUUGGUUUUCCCAACUAGUAAUGAAGAAGUUUCCAAGAUUAUGGCCUUGUGUGUUCGUGAAAAAUUACCAAUUGUUGCUCAAGGUACAUUGACUGGAUUGGAAGGUGGUGCAGUUCCAUAUCAUGGAGGUGUUGCUGUUAAUAUGAGAUUGAUGCGUUCAGUUCUCCACUUGUAUGAAGAAGAUUUACAAGUUAAAGUUCAAACUGGUAUUAAGAAAUCUGAAUUGAAUGAAUAUUUGGAAAAUAAGGGAUUAAUGUUUGCUGUCGAUCCUGGAAGUGACAGUAGUAUUGGUGGUCAAUUAUCAACUGGUGCUAGUGGUACUCUCUCUGUUGCUCACGGAACUAUUCGUGAAAAUGUUUUACAAAUUAAGGUUGUCUUGCCAGAUGAAAAUGGUACCAUUAUUACUACAAGAACUCGUGCUUUGAAGAGCAGUACUGGAUUUGAUUUGACUCACUUGUUUGUCGGAAGUGAAGGUUUAUUGGGUAUCAUUCUUGAAGCUACUUUGAAGAUUAUCAGCAAGCCACCAAAGGUUUUGGCCAGUCGUGUCAUUUUCAAUUCUAUCAGUGAUGCUGCCAAGACUGUUAUUGAAGUUAAAUCAAGAGGUGUUUCAAAUAUGGCCAGAUGUGAACUCAUCAAUAAGUAUGGUAUUAUGGCUGUUAACAAGCAAUUUAACAGAGAUUUUGAAGUUAGUCCAACCCUCUUUUUUGAAUUCCAUGGCGCUGAUGAAGCUUCAUUGAAGGUUUCUUCUGAAAUUGUCGAAGAAAUUGCCAAGAAGCAUGGUGGUCGUGAGUAUCUUGCAACCACUGAUGAAAAUGAACAAAAGGAAGUCUGGCAUGCUAGAAGAAAUGUCUAUUAUGCUGCCUUCAAGUUGAAGGAAGGAAAGAAGGGUGAUGUUAAAUUGUACGUCACUGAUGUCUGUGUUCCAGUUUCAAAGCUUGCUGAUAUUAUUGAAUUGAGUGAACGUGAUGUUGUUGAAUUCAAUGAAAAUCAAGCCAAGACUGGUAACUUUACUCUCCCACCUGCAAUUGUUGGUCACGUUGGUGAUGGUAAUUUCCACUUUAUGAUUCCAUACUUGGAUAGCAACAAGCAAGAAUUGGAAACCAUCUUGCAAUUCAAUGACGUUCUCAUUAAGAGAGCCAUUGAAAGAGAUGGUACCUGCUCUGGUGAACAUGGUGUUGGUAUUGGUAAGCAAGAAGGUCUCUACACUGAACAUGAUCCAGAAGCUGUCAAUCUUAUGAGAGUUCUUAAGAGAGCUAUCGAUAAGAAUCUUGUUCUUAAUACUGGUAAAGUUUUUGAAUUGUAA